AUGACUGCUCCAUCGACAAUCAAGCAGCGCUUCCUAUCUCACCCCGGCGACCUGGGUGUCGUAGCUGUCGGCUUUUCCGGCGGGCAGUGCAAAGCUGGAGUCGAAGCGGCGCCGAUGGCUCUGAUCGAAUCUGGACUCCUUGACCAACUUCGUGAAGACCUUACCUAUGACGUGCACUACGACAACAUUGUCCAUGACUAUGCGGACCUCAAGCCCGCCGAGGACCCGGAUCACCGGGGCAUGAAAAAGCCACGCGCAGUGAGCGCGGUGACCGAGAAGCUCAGUCAACAAGUGUACGAACAUGCCAAGGAGGGGAAGAUGGUUCUGACUCUCGGGGGUGACCACUCGAUUGCGAUCGGGACGAUUUCCGGAACCGCCAAAGCCAUCCGCGAGCGACUGGGACGAGAAAUCGCGGUCAUCUGGGUAGAUGCACAUGCCGAUAUCAAUCUGCCGGAGGAAAGCCCCAGCGGUAAUAUUCAUGGCAUGCCUGUGGCUUUCCUUACGGGGCUCGCCAAGGAGGAAAAGAAGGACAUUUUCGGCUGGCUGCAGAGUGAACACCGUUUAAAUUUGAAUAAGCUGGUGUAUAUUGGGCUGCGCGAUGUCGAUCGUGGAGAGAAGAAGAUUCUCCGAGACCACGGUAUCAAAGCUUUUAGCAUGCACGACAUCGACAGGCAUGGAAUCGGCCGUGUGGUCGAGAUGGCGCUUGCACACAUUGGCAACGACACCCCGAUACAUCUGUCAUUCGAUGUCGACGCCCUCGAUCCGCAAUGGGCACCUAGCACUGGCACUCCAGUCCGCGGAGGCCUUACUCUCCGCGAAGGUGACUUUAUCUGUGAAUGCGUGCACGAGACUGGGAACCUGGUUGCUAUGGACUUGGUCGAGGUAAACCCCAGCUUGGAAGCAUUGGGCGCCAGCGACACCAUCCGCACGGGCUGCUCGCUGGUUCGUAGCGCGCUGGGCGAUACUCUCUUAUAA